AUGGCCAUUAAGGACUUCUUCUUCGUUAAAUGGCCUCCCAGGCUAAGGGUAGACCCAGCAACAAGGAACCCAAACGUUUACUGCCAUUUUCAUCGAGAUCAUUGGCACAACAUAGAGAAUUGCAGGAAUCUCUGCAACGAGAUUGAGGAACUCAUCCGACGCGGAUACCUGAAGAACUUCAUCUUACGGGAAGAGAGGGGUCAAACAGAUCAGCAGGCAGAUCGACAAGGGGACCAGAUGAGGAAUGCCCCCAAGACUAGCAGGCAAAAUGAGCAACCACCGCGUCAGUUGCCAAAGGAAAGACCGAUCCGUGGGGUAAUUAACAUGAUUACCGGCGGGUCCAUCAUUACCGGGUGUACAUCAGCAGCCAGGAGGACAUUGGUCCGCGAGCUAGAGAAUGAAGAGAAAAACCCGCUAAAGAGGCCUCAGCUUGAAGGACCGAUAUACUUCACUGAGGACGAUGCACGCGGGAUUCAGUGUCCUCAUGAUGAUGCCCUAGUAGUGAAGCUGCGAAUUAACGACUUUGAGGUAAAACAGAUAUUGGUAGACUCAGGCAACUCGRCAGAUAUACUCUUCAAGGAGACUUUCGAUAAAUUACAAUUACAGUAG